CUCUCUCUCUCUGUCUCGCGCGCCUUCAAAGAAACUACCUGCCCUUCCCUACCCAUAAAUUCUAACCCUCACAGACACACAGUGACAGUCACAGUCACCGCCCAAUCAGAAACUAGACUCAAAAUACUCCUAAGAACCACGCUAGCAAAACCCGGACGUGAAAAGCAAAUUCCAAACUCCGAAAAAAAAAAAAAAAAAAACCCAAUUAGAUAACCACAAAAACUUCACGUCCGGAUCAUUUCGUCCCCAAAGAGAAUAACGUCACUGAUGAUGGCUCCGGGUCAGUACUAGGUCUAGGACUAGGAGUAACUAAUAAAAACCCAAGUCAAUCAGAAACAGCAGCGAACCCUAACUCGUUCGUGAACUCAACGAUUCUCUUCCUUACUCGUCCUCAGCGUGUGCAAGUGCGUGUCUGUGUGAACUUGUUUAAUUGUUUAUGCGCGAAGAAAUGGAUUUGGAAUCCGAUUGUAAGGAAAAGUUGGCAUCUUUUCGAAUUAAAGAGCUUAAGGAUGUUCUCACCCGGCUGGGUAUUUCUAAGCAAGGGAGGAAGCAGGAUCUUGUGGACAAAAUCUUAUGCUCACUUUCAGAAGAGGAAGUUUCCACUGCUCGUGGUUCAGCAAAGAAAAAUGGUACUGGAAGGAAUGGAGUAGCCAAAAUAAUUGAUGAGGUGUACAGAAAAAUGACGCAUGCGGAAUCUGCUGAUUUGGAAAGGAGCAGUCUGAAGCCUGAAGAAGCCAUUGAAAAUUCCAUCAAUACAUACAUGAACAUUUGCUGCCCCUGUGGAAAUUCUGUGCCUACUGAGUCCAUGAUUCAGUGUGUGGAUCCAACAUGUCGAGUGCAGCAACAUAUUGGCUGUGUUAUUAUUUCGGAGAAGCCUAUGGAAAUUCCACCAAUUCCAUCUUUAUUCUAUUGUGCAACUUGCCGAAUAAAACGGGCAGAUCCCUUCUGGGUGACUGUCAAACAUUUACUACCUCCUAAGAAGUUAUUUGCUUCGAGUAUUCCAACUGAUGGUGCAAAUCCACUGCGACUGCAUGUUGAUGAAAAUUUUCAACUGACAACAGCUGAUAGAGAUCCUGAAUAUAAUGUUCAGGUUUGGUGUUUACUUCUCAAUGAUCAUGUUUCAUUUAGGAUGCAGUGGCCACAGCAUGCAGAAUUACAGGUUAAUGGUAUUACUGUUAGGACAGUUAAUAGACCUGGAUCACAGCUGUUAGGUGCUAAUGGUCGUGAUGAUGGCGCAUUAAUCACAGUAUACGAAGGAAUUAAUAAUAUUUCGUUAUCAGGAUGCGAUGCUCGUGGUUUUUGCUUUGGCAUCAGACUUGUGCAGCGGCUUAGUGUUCAACAGGUUCUCAACUUGAUUCCCAGAGAAGAAGAUGGUGAGCUUAUUGAGGAUGCACUUGCCCGUGUUCGUCGUUGUACUGGUGGUGGGGUUGCUGCAGCAAAUAAUGAUAGUGAUAGUGAUGUAGAAGUCAUUGCUGAUUCAAUUACAGUUAAUCUUCGCUGCCCUAUGAGUGGCUCUAGAAUGAAGGUAGCUGGUAGAUUUAAACCUUGUGUCCACAUGGGUUGUUUUGAUCUUGAAACUUUUGUGGAGCUAAACGAACGCUCUAGGAAGUGGCAAUGUCCUAUUUGCCUCAAGAACUACUCCUUGGAGGACGUCAUCAUUGACCCUUAUUUCAAUCGCAUUACGACUAUGAUGAGAAACUGUGGAGAAGACAUGACGGAGAUCAAUGUGAAGCCUGAUGGUUCUUGGAGUGCAAAGACUAGAGGUGAAUAUAGUGAUCUUGCUCAAUGGCAUUUCCCUGAUGGUUCUCUCUACAUUGCUAAAGAUGAAGCUACUUCCAAUUUGAAAUCCUUAAGGCAGAUCAAGCAGGAAGAUGUUAUAGAAGAACAUAGAAAUCUUAAAAUAUGUAUGGAGAAGAAUCACAAUGGGGUUACAAUUAGCAAGCAUCAGCAUAUCGUCCUCUCCUCCAGGAAUCAAGAAGAAAAUUGUGAGAAUAGUGACCUGAAUGUGAUAAUGAUGUCCAGCAGUUCCACUGGAAGUGACAGAGAUGAUGAAAACCCAAGUAUUAGUCAGGACCGUGGUGGGAAUAUUGAUAUCUGUGCUAUUGAUGGAAAUGAGAUCAAUUCCAUUCCUCAUAAUUCUGACCCUGCUUUUGGAAUUUUAAAUGGUAGACCUGCACUAAGAGAGGAUGCAGCCAUCAUAGUUCUCAGUGAUUCAGAAGAAGAGGAUGACCGUUUGUGCUCAUUUGUGGAAGAUUCAGCUCUUAAUGCGGACGAGACUUCUUGUUUGGGUCUCUUUAAUGGCAAUGCCAGUGGCAACAGCAACGGCAAUGGCAAUGAAAUUGGAUUCUCACACUGGCCAUAUGCUUCAGGUACUCAAGCAGGUCCUGGUCUCCAACUUUUUGGCACUGAUUCAGAUGUCUCAGAUGCUUUUAUUGAUUUGGAGCAUACUUCAAUUUCUUCUUCAGCACCAAUGAACUGUAUUGGAGGAGCUUCAAGGUUAACUGUAAAUUCUGGCGGACAGGUCCUAAAUUCUUCUGUUUGCCAUAACAAUAAUGAAAUAGAUAAUGGUUUGGUUGAGAAUCCCUUGGCAUUUGUUAAUGAGGACCCCUCACUUCAAAAUUUCCUUCCAAAUCAACCAGCUGAUAUGUUGGAGCAAGCUAAUAGGGACCACCAACAUUCUGCAUCAAAUGGUUUUGAGGAUUGGAUUUCUCUUAGGGUUGGAAGAAAAGGCGAAGAAGGUGUUGACAGUGAUGUUGAGGUUCCUGCAGUGUCUCCAGCUGCAAAUGGACUAGAUUUGAGAAACCAGAGUGGUUCAAAUGAAGCUGCUAUAAAUGCACAUGGGAAUGAUGAAACUGGGUCUAAUAGAACAAGUAGUAGGAAACUUUCAGAUGGCCCUUUCUCCUUCCCUCGCCAGCCACGGUCUGUGAGACAACGAGUUUGUCUCUCAAUAGAUUCAGACUGAGUAGAUAAACUGGACCUUGCUUGAAGUUACAUAGAGGAAGCCACUGGCAAUCUUAUUUAUUUUCAGUAUUUUCUUGGAGAGAUGGCAGUUAUCCUGCUCUUUGUUUCAUGCCUUGCUUUAAUUCCAAUGGGGAAGCAAAUAUUUCAUUGGUAGAUAUGAUGCACGCAAACGUUGGUGAUCAUGAUGUCAAUUGUAUUCUCUCUUGUGCAUUAUAGUAGUACUGGCAGUUCAGGAACUUCUUUAUCUACAGGUACAGUACAUUCUUCUUCUGUUUCUUGUGCAGUAGUGGUAUUGAAGAUUUGCAGGUGACUUUUCCUACUUGCAAAUAUACCCUUUUAUUUCAAGGAAAGGGGACCAAUUUAUUGCAAAACCUUCAGACAUUGUGGGAAACCUCAACUUUGUAACCUGUCCCCUUUGACCUACUAAAGUAAAUAACCUAUAAAUGUUUUAGCAUGAGACUGUAUGACAAGAUUCUUCUGUAAAUAGAAAGUGUUGAUUCGCAGGGUUGAUAAUUAUUAUGCACUUGCUCUUAUCAAAGUGCAAAUUUUGACUUUUACAAAAGAACAUGCCAGUUUCUUGUGUUCACCAAUUUUUUGGGCGCCAGGGAAAGUUAGGGUGUUGAAGGAUCCUUGAAAGCAUGUGAUGUAUUUCUGUAUUCUUGACAAGAUAAUUUUCGAAAGAGACGGGCAACAAACAGGAAGCAUUGCAAUUUUCAUUGUUUAGUGGUGAGGGUUUAGCUUUAGCAACGAGAAAAUGCUGCUAUGGUAUCUGUAUGUUGUAGAAUUUUAUGAUGUAUAUAUAUGGCUGAUUUCAUACAUUAAGCUGUCAUUUCUAUCUUAUUUGUACAGAUAUCUGCUCUAAUUCAGUCUUGGGCUCUGAUUGAAUUGGUGCUGGUAGUAAUCCCUUGUAUCAAAGUCUUUCUUCUUCUUUCUUUUUUAA